CAAGUAGGGAGUGUAUUUAAGCUAUGACAAAGAAUUUUUUAUGGUUUAUUAUUUAUUGGUUCUUCUAUCUUCGAGUGCCAUUAAUUUUGUGUUGUGUCUGUUGAUUUGGUGUGCAAUUUUUACUAUUUCAUGCUACAUUCAGUAUUUCGUACUUGCAGAAUACGAUGUAUACCCGGCGCGCCUUACUAUUUGGAUCUACAUUAAUUUAUAUACUAUCAUUUUCUGUUGGAACACCAUGGCUUUAUAAAGCACCAGGAGCUAUUCUGGGGCUAGCCAGUUCAGCUUCUUCGUCUGCUUCCGCUGCUGCAACUCCUUUAUCUCAUAUCAUUGACUUGAGGAGGAAAGAAGAAAAAAGUGCCCAGUUACAAGAAGAUAAACAACUUUCCGGAUCGGGUGAAAUAGAUGAUAACAAAGAAGAAGUUGAAGCUAGUGGCGAUGGAAUUGAUAAAGAUGAAAAUGAGGAAGCUAACGAAGCUUCUCCUAGUUUUAUUACAAAAAAGGUUAAUAAAAUUUUAGCUAAGCUCCGAUUAAUAGCACAAAUCAAAAACGUUUAUCACUAUAACAAGGAUAUACGUGAAAACAAUUUUAAACCCAAUCUCACGUUCAACAUAACACCUGUCCAAAGUACUACUGAAAACGACCUCAAAAAAGAAGUUCUUAAUACAACGGAUCUUAAGAUAGAACCAGUCAAAGAAAAAUCUCAAAAGAUUCAGCAAGUAACUCCUUAUUUCUAUAAACCUCCGAAAACUAGUAUUGUUUUUCCAAAAGAAAAUCUCUACGAACCAACCAAAAUUGAUAUUGAUGUGAAUGCUGUAAAUGACAAAUUGCAAGAGACUAAAGAAUUAAAUGAAAAGAUUCAGGAACCAGAACCAGGUCGGUUUGGACCAGUAGGAGUGUUCUUUGCUGAGCUUUUAGGAACAGUUGUAGGCUUAACUUACGGAGCAAUAGCUCAAUUUACUAGUGGAACCCAAAGUCCCAUUGAGGCGAGUACAAUGAUAGUUACUUAAGACUGAUUACUUAAUUAAAUCUAUGAAUGUUAGUUUAAUAUUUUAUAUAAUUUUUGUAUAAAAAAUUAGAUAUUUAAAUGUUUUUAUUAUAAGUAUCUUAAAGUAUUAAAUGUUAUUUAUCUAGAUAUAACU